AUGUACCGGCCUAACUUCUACGAGAGCACUUGCUUUCGGUGCAACGAGAUUGUGUACCAAGUGGAUCGUGUGGGACCACUCAAGGACUUCACUUUCUUCCAUAGUGGCUGUUUCAAGUGCGCAGUAUGCGGGACCAAACUCACUUUAAAAACAUACUACAAUAACCAACACUGGACGGAAGAUAAAGAGGUAUAUUGCUCCAGCCACGUGCCGAAGAUUGGGCCGGGCCACCUCGACAACUCCUCGGUGGGCAUCCGUAGUGCGCUGAACGUACCACGGAGUAAUAACUAUGUUAACGAACAAAUACGAGGGCUCGCGCGCAAUAGCCACGACAAUGAGUUGUCGCCAACGCGAGCAACAAACGGCGGCAGCGUGCACGCAUCUCCAGCGCGGGAAGUUUCUCGCGACACCCCCGAUUACCAAUAUGGCCGCUUCGAUGCCAGCGCCCUGCACAUCGCACAUGCACUUAAACAAACAGAACUACAAAAGGCCUACCACAGGCCUAGAGAAAAACCAAUCGAUUGCUAUCUGGUAAGUGUCAAUAUUAUUCCUUAA